UUUUACCAUCAUCAUAAGAAAAGCUGAGGCCUGGAGAGGCAGGUGUCACUGCACUAAGCACGGAAGCAGGCAAUUACCCUGAUGUCGCGCCUGCCAUCACGCCCCGCACAGGUGUCUGAGUACGACCCCAGGAUGGACUCGAGUAAAAUGGACAUCGCCGUCAUUGCAGGUGUGAUCGCAGCCGUGGCCUUCGUACUGGUCUGCCUCCUCCUCCUCAUUCUGCACUACAUGUACCGGCACAAGGGCACGUACCACACCAACGAAGCCAAGGGCACGGAGUUUGCAGAGAGCGCUGACGCUGCCCUGCAGGAUGACCCAUCCCUCCACGACAACGGUGACAGCAGCAGAAAGGAGUACUUUAUCUGAAGGACUUUACCAGGACUCACCUCCCCCCAGCGCCUCCCCAUCCAGGAGAGAAAGCCCCACCACCCACGCCACCACCUGCAGCACCAGGCAGCCGACGAGCACCCCUCGCGCCCCAAGAUACGCACCUUGCCUGGGACACUGGGUGCUGACCCGAGUGGGAUGGGGAGCAAAGGGGGCAUCCAGCCAAGGAGGCCUCUCCCAGGACCCAGGGAUGCUCUGGCAGAGGGAGGAGGUCUGGGUCCUCCUGAGCAGUGCAGGUUGCCACCUGUGUGGAGUGAAAGUCCUCUCUGGGUGUGAGUGGGGUGGUGGGCCUGGGGGCUGGGGAGCAAGGAGUGAGUCAUCGACACACUGACUGCAAAUAAAAGCAUCAAAUGUCAGCCCUUGACAUUUGGGGGGAACAGCAGGUGCCGGAGCUCAAAGGCACCUUUGUCUCUCAUGGAUGCAGCUCUGAAUAAUUGGAAAUAAAUCUGAAAUGUA